GCAGCGGGGAGGGGACAUGAGAGACUUGCGGGUAUAUAAACGCGGCGCCGGACCUUCGCCUCACAGUCGACUCAAACUCACACACCAACAUGAAGCUCGCUAUCUUCGCCUGCCUGCUGGCCCUCGCCGUCGCCCGGCCCCAGGAUCUCGGGGCCUCAAAGACACUCCGCAGCGAGAGCGUGAAUGAAGGCAACGGCGUCUUCAACUAUGGCUUCGAGACCGACACCGGCAUCGUGGUGGACGCCGCCGGCACCCCCGGUACUGAGGGCCAGAGCAACAUCGCCGGCUCCUACAAGUUCCCUCUCGGCAACGGCCAGUACCUCGAGGUGACCUACACCGCUGACGAGAGUGGUUACCGCCCCAGCACCAGGUUCGUCGCCUCUAAGUAAGCGAUGAGUCCCCACACCCCGGCACACACACCGCGUCCCCACACCUGCACGGACCCACCACCACCACACUCACCUGAACACACGACGCAACGCUCUCCCCGGGACAACUUCAAGAUGCCUUCGAGACGCAUAAAAACUCUCACCACCUAGUAGGGACCGAGAGAAAAAGAGAGAGGGGUCAAUUGUUCUCCUCCGUCUUUCCUCUCUACUCCUUCCUUGCUUUCACUUCGUCCUCGCUCUUUACCUCUCUCUUUGUCUUUCAUUCCAUGGACUUUCAUCUGCUGUCACUUCUUCCUUCAUUCUUUCAUCUCCCACGCCAUUCACUUGUCUCCUCGUGGGUCAAGUGCACUUCCACAUACUGUACACACUCCAAUGUUGUUUUUUCUUGUUUUGCAGCAAUAAAUGCUCCUCAAAAUU